GAUAAAUCCAAUUCUGGGUGAAAUCGGUGCUCAAAUUUUCUUCUUAAAGGCCGAAUGAGUUGAACAAAGCGCCUUCUUAACUGUUGUCUCCAUUAUCAGCGUCGAUUCAAAUGACAUAACCGCCGUCGGGCUCCGCCAUUUUGUUUCUUUUCUUUAUUCAAAACAGUGCUCAACGAAAAUGGACACGUUUCACCUUACUUAUUCGUAAUUCCUUUUUUUUAAUCCGACGAAAGACAAAAUAUUUAUUGAAGCAAGCAUUAUCUCGAGUGGAUUAAAGAUGUCAUUUUGUGAUUCGGUCUUUUGGGAUUGGGAUGCUUUUUGGGAUGCCGAUGCCCCGACCCUCACGAGUUGCUUUCGCCACUCCAUCCUAGUGCUGCUGCCCUGCGCAUUUCUUUGGACAGCCGCCAUUUUCAAUUUUUAUCGAGAAAGAACCAGGAAACCGGACAGUCUCCGUCCUGAGUCUGGUCCGAGUCCUUGGACAUUGCUGACAAUAGCGAAGUUGUUUCUUACCACAGCACUCAUCCUAUGCAGCUUAGCCGAGGCCAUUUAUCUUGUGUACCAAGAGAGUCAUUCUGCGAAUGUCUACUAUGUGUCCGUCGGGUUUCGUGUAUUCACGUUUAUCCUUGCUCUUUGUCUCCAGAUCAAACAAAAGAAAGACGGAGAACUUAAUUGUUUUACCUUGUCACUGUUUUGGAUAUUAUUUGCAGUUUGUAAUUUUUUCACUUCACCGUUCUUCGAUCUUUUUAAGGUAGAUUUAGGCGACAUAAAUGAUUCACCUACUUUUAUCUUUGGCGUCAUUACUUUCAUUUUAUUAACAGCAGAAACUGUUAUCUCCUUAUUCACCGACCCUCAAUACAGCGCUUUCUGGGAUGCAGAAAAAGAUGAAUUACUCAUGGAACAUCAACCUUUAUUAUCAAGAUUGUUUUUCUCUUGGAUAAAUAGGUUAAUAUGGCAUGGAUAUAACAACCUCUUUAAUAUAGAUAAACUGGAUGUUUUAGGACCAAAAAGGAGAUCAAAGUAUGUUCACCAGCGAUUGCAGAAACAGUGGAUCAAAGAAGAAAACAGAUACAAAUGUUUGCAAGAAGAUAAAGCUGUGCCUACGAGGAUUUGUUGCAAUCGUGGACCCUCCCUCCUUUUAGCCCUAGGCAAAGCCUUAUUUCCAUGGCUGUUGGUUGCAGCUACAUUGGAAUUUAUAAACAAUUUUGUCUCACUGGUUCCGCCUAUCAUACUGGACUAUAUUAUAACAUUCAUUGGAAAUAAUGAAGCUACGUGGCAUGGGUACGUGUACGCUUUCUUGUUGUUCUUGACUGCGGCCUUCACCACACUGUCAACCAUUCACAACCAACAUUAUCUGAUAACCGCAUCUAUCAUUCCACGAACAGGACUCAAUACUGCAAUUUACCACAAGGUUCUGAAGCUCAGCAACAGUUCCAGACGCAAUUACACCGUUGGCGAGUUGUGCAAUUUGAUUGGCGUUGAUGUUCAAAGACUUUUUGAGCAGUUGUGGACGAUAAAUUUAGUUUGGAGUUGCCCCAUGCGAAUCGUUCUUGUAAUGGUCCUUCUGUGGCAAUAUCUCGGAGUGGCCAGUCUUGCUGGGGUCUUUGUCAUGCUUCUCAUUAUGCCUAUAACUACUAAACUGGCCUCCACUUCCCACAAACUUCAGAAGAAACAAAUGGGUUGGAAAGAUGCGAGAUUAAGACAAAUGGGGGAAAUACUGAGCGGUAUCAAGGUUUUAAAGCUGUUUGCAUGGGAGAACGCAUUCAUGAAAACUAUCGGAUCCAUCAGAGAGAAAGAAGCCGUUACACUCAAGAAGCUAGCUUUUGUCAAUGGAACGAUCACUUUUCUUUGGAUAUGUGCUCCUUUCCUGAUCGCCAUCAGCAGUUUUGUGACUUACGUUCUGAUUGAUGAAAAGAAUAUUCUGGAUGCCAGCGUUGCUUUUGUUUCUCUCACCCUCUUCAAUAAUCUCCGCACCAAUAUGGCCUCUAUACCGGAGCUGGUAGCUCAACUCACACAGACUCGCGUCUCUCUCAAACGAGUGACAGAUUUUCUGCUGAGUGAAGAAUUAAAAGGCAGACCACCAAAUGAUGAUACAAUAGACAACGAUGCAAUCGAAAUCGAUGGCGGAGCUUUCUGCUGGACAAAAGAAGAUCUUCCGUUUCUCCGUGAUAUCUCUAUGUCCGUUACGCGCGGAAGUUUGGUGGCCGUCGUGGGACCCGUAGGUUCUGGAAAGAGCGCCCUGUUCUCUGCCAUUCUUGGAGAAAUGCACGCCGCGGAAGGAGCCGUGCGGAUAAUGAAGGGUGGCCGCUUGGCGUAUGUUUCUCAGCAGGCCUGGAUUCAGAAUGCUACUCUCCGCCAAAACAUUCUCUUUGUGAAGCCGAUGGAUAGAGAUAAAUAUGAUCUGACUCUCAGCAGAUGUUGUUUGAAUCCAGAUAUCAAGAUCUUGCCAGGCGGUGAUCUUACUGAGAUUGGCGAAAAGGGUGUUAACUUAAGCGGUGGCCAGAAGCAGCGAGUCAGUUUAGCCAGGGCUGUGUACCAAGAUGCUGAUAUUUAUCUCCUGGACGAUCCCCUCAGUGCAGUGGAUUCUCAUGUUGGAGCUCAUAUUUUCAAACACGUUAUUGGACCCAACGGAGCCCUGCAAAAUAAGACCAGAAUUCUCGCAACUCACGACAUUUCAGUUUUACAAGAAGUUGAUAAAAUCUACGUGAUGUCAGAGGGAAAAAUCUUGGAAUCCGGCAGCUACCGGGAUUUGUUGAACCAGAAAGGAGAAUUUGCAAGGUUCAUCGAAGAAAAUAAGAAAAAACAGGAUGAAGAAGAAGAAGAAGAAGAAAAUGAAAAAAAAAGUUCUUUAGAAGCAAAGGAAGAUGAGGAGAGAGGAGAAAAGACAACGAAGCGAAUGUCUGCUGGAGAUGUGAAAGCGCAGAUACAAAGGAUGGAGUCACGCAUAUCCAAGUCGUCUCUCUCCAGGACAAUAUCCAGGACAAUCUCUACAGAAGAGAAGGAAAAGAAGAAAGCCCAAUUCAUUGAAAAAGAAAAGAUGGAAACUGGGCGAGUUAAAGCUAGCAUAUUUUGGACCUACUUCCGAUACUCAACUUUGCAUCUCACAUUUCUUUUCAUCAUCGGUUUCGCAGCCUACAAGUGCUUCGAAAUCGGCUCCAAUGUUUGGCUGAGUCAGUGGAGCAGUGACAAGCCUUUGCCUGAUGGUUCACAGAACAUACCGCUUCGAAAUAUGAGAAUGGGAAUCUACGGUUUGUUGGGAUUUGCACAAGGUAUAACGACUCUCAUUGCAACUAUUAUCAUGGCCAUUGCUUCGACUCGUGCCUCCAUUCGUUUCCACAAAACAAUGCUUUGGAGUGUCCUCAGAUGUCCGAUGUCGUUUUUCGAUACCACACCGCUAGGAAGGAUAUUAAACAGGUUUGGAAAAGACAUCAAUGUAGUUGACGUAGGCAUACCAUCAAGACUUCAGAGUGUUGUCACCAUGAUCAUUUCUAUCAUUGGUUCAUUUGUUGUCAUCAUGACGACCUACCCUAUUUUCAUAGCUAUCAUGAUACCAAUUGCCGUUGUUUAUGUUUUAGUUCAAAUCUUCUACAUGGCAACAUCUCGUCAAGUCCGACGACUGCAAUCCAUCUCCGUGUCCCCCGUGCUGAGCUUCUUCUCUGAAACAGUGCAGGGGGCGAGCACGAUACGAGCUUUCGGAUCCCAGCAUGAAUUCAUCCAGACGCAGGACGAACACAUUGACACUAACUGCCGAACGUUUAUUGCUGCCACUACACUAAACAGGUGGCUUGGAAUCCGUUUACAGUUACUAGGCAAUACUGUUGUGUUUAUUACAGCCUUACUCUCUGUGAUUCAAAGGAGAAAUUUCAGUCCUGCGAUAGUUGGCUUAACUUUAUCUUAUGCUUUAAGUGUGACGGAAAAUAUGUUCAAUUUCGUAAGAAUUUGGACUACAAUGGAAAAUCAGAUGGUUUCAGUUGAAAGAAUUGACGAAUAUUCUCAUCUGACUCCAGAGGCAUCGUGGGAGACGGAAUCCAUUCGUUUCGAUCUGAGCAAGUGGCCGUCUAAAGGAGCAAUUACAUUUCAAAAUUACAAGAUGAGGUAUAGGGAAGGAAUGAAAUUAGUGCUCCAAGGUAUUAAUGUGGACAUCCUUCCAGGCCAAAAGGUUGGAGUGGUUGGAAGAACGGGAGCUGGUAAAAGUUCGUUAGCUCUUGCACUCUUCCGUAUCAUAGAGCCAACAGAAGGCACCAUUUUUAUAGAUGGUAUUGACACUACAGUGCUUGGACUUCAUGACCUACGCUCGAAAAUUACAAUAAUACCUCAAGAUCCGGUGGUGUUUAGUGGAACCUUAAGGAUAAAUCUGGAUCCUCUGGAAGAGAAUUCGGAUGAAGAUAUAUGGAGGGCAAUCGAACAAUCGCAUUUGAAAAGCUUUGUCCUUUCUUUAGAUUCUGGGCUGGAUUAUCAAGUCUCUGAAGGAGGUGAAAAUUUGAGUGUUGGUCAAAGACAACAGCUGUGUCUGGCUCGAGCUCUGCUGAAAAAGACGAGAAUUCUCGUCUUGGACGAAGCAACGGCUGCAGUGGACUUGGAAACGGAUAAGAUGAUUCAAAAUACAAUAAGGCAAGAGUUUUGGGACUGUACAGUUAUCACUAUUGCCCACAGACUAUACACGAUUUUGGAUUAUGACAGAAUAUUAGUUAUGGAUAAUGGAAAAAUUUCGGAAGACGGAAAACCAAAUGAUCUGCUGGAGGAUCCAGAGUCCCUCUUCUAUCAGUUAGCAGGUUCUGCUGGUCUUCUGUAACAUUAAUUAUAAGCAAUACGAAUCACAGCAAGAGAGUAGACUGUGUUCGUAUUUUGCCUGACUGUCAAUCAAUAUAAUAUCUGUCCCAAGAAUGAUUAAAUUAUUUAUCUGAUUUAACUGGUUGUACAAAUCAUCUUUUUUAUGUCAUGGAAUUACAGCAUUCCUUUUAUAUUCUUUUAGUAUUUUAACAUCUGAUAAUAAAUGUAUGUUUACUUUA